GCCAUUCGCGGUACCAACAACAAUUUCGUUCAGUGAAGCUCCGUGUGCCGGCAGACGAGCAUCCGUGUGUACCUGCCGGCCGCCCGAAAAUAUGAUAACGCACCCCCCGCGGCGGUUCGGUCAAUUCGAUUAACCCUCACGGUGUACCGAAAGAUGGAAAACGAUUCCGACGCUCGAAACAUCGUACGACUCGAACGAGCUGAAUCCAGUGCUCGUACGGCGACGUAGCCUGCAUAAUUAGGAAUUAUAUAAACAUUAAAUUCGCACCUGUUACGCCAUUAUCUCGAUCGGAUGAUCGAUCUUUGAAUCUUCCUAUUCAAUGCAACACGGAAGUGGUAUGAUAACGUUUAAUGUCCCAUCUGGGUUCCCAUGUGGCCCUCCAAAAGGUAUAAUGCAUCACCCACCAUUCAGAUCGAAGGUCCCUAAAUCGUUCUAACGCGUGAUCAGGGAAAGGAUUUCGGCUCGGUAGCCGUGUUAUCGAAGCCAUUGGUUGAUCAUUUUAUCGAGAUAAAAGCGACCGUAGAGAGUGUGUCCAAGAGAGGCGCAAGAAAUCGUUCGAAAGAAAAGUAUGCAGCUACUUUCCAGUUUCAUGGCGAGGCACCUGAAGCGAGGAACAUCCUUGAAAAAAGGAAAACGCGAAGGCACGGGCAGCGGAAAUUAUAUCGGUAAUUGUCCACCAUCGACGGGGGGUCCACCCAGGAUCAUUAACAGUACCACCGGUUACGGUACUGCGCCUGGGGGUGCCAAUAUGAUCCCCGAGGAUCCUGCUCCCGACGAGGACUUCGCCUUAGCUAUCACUCAGAAAACUCAGAGAGACGCAGAAGCCAUUCGCGGUGCACUGUAUCUCAGUGUGACCCUCGCAAUCGCAUGGAUAAUAGGUGCAGCAGGACUGUCGUUAGCAUGGCUGGUACUAGUUCUUGCGUUGGCAGGAACGAUAUUUAAAGCAAGAAUAUCUCGCCUCCUUCAAUCGACGCUCCAACACGAAUUAGCCAGACUACGUCGAAGAAGGGCUCUGUACAAGGAUGAAACCGCUGAAUGGUUGAGUUUGCUUGUUAACAAAUGGUGGAGAUUCAGUGCUGCGAGUAUAUUUUCCUUGGCAAAGGAAAGGCUGGAGCCUCUCUUGAAUGAAGCUAAACCUGGAAUACUCGGUCCACUGGAACUGAGAGAACUCACCCUUGGCGAGCAAACCCCAUGCGUCACACGCGUAAGAACUUUAGACUAUACCAGCGAUGAUGACCUCGACGGGCAAACUGGCCAAACAAAAUUGUCCAUCGAAGCCGACGUGCGUCUCGAUUGCGAGCAAUUUCGUAUGCUCAUCACAACAAGACUAUUUGGGAAAGGAGUCGGGAUGGACGUCGAUUUGGCUGUGGAGAAACUAUCUCUAUCGGGGACUAUCCUUACCACCCUGACCCUUAACUCCAUGGCACCGUUUCCGCACGCAACCUCUUUAAGCGUGAGUUUCUUGGAGAAACCGGACGUUUGGUUCAGCGUGAGAAUUCUACGAGCCGUACAAAUGAUGGAAAUGCCUUUAAUUAAGACCUGGAUCCACGCGGUGGUCACGGACGCUUUGGCUAGCUGGAUCGUUGAUCCAGGUCACCUGGAGAUGGAUCUGAGAGCUCAAGAACGCCCUGGACCUAGAUUGGAUUCUAUAGCAAACUCCAUACCACAGGGAGUGCUUACUGUUGUUUUGUCUCAAAAUGGUUAUCCAGUUCCAAUCGGGGAUGAAGUGAGGUGGCUGGUGGUGACACUGGGAGAUCAAAAACGCGUCACGGCUCCUUUGAAUUCUGCAUGGAACGAGGACGUCUCGUUCUUAGUAGGAGCGUUGGAUAACGAAAAGAUCUCCAUUAAAUUAAAAACGAAACGGCUUGUCAGUACGAUCACUUUGGCACAAUUUGAAUUGCCGCUAGGAGUUUAUAACUGGGACAACUCGCAGGUCGUCGAAACCGUCUUACAACAAAAGAAACCAUCCCGUAAUAGCGCCAACAUUCCAAACAUCAACGCUCGAUUGGAGUACACAACGCUCCCUAAAUUGGAUCCAGAUCUACCGCAACCGGAAGUAGUAGAAGAUAAUUUACAUCUUUCAGUGUCACGAAAAUAUCCGAAUCGAGCACAAAAAUCAGGGGUGCUUGUGGUUUAUAUCCAUUCGGCGGAAAAUCUCAGUAGCGACAGUUCGCAUUGCAAUCCUUAUUGCAUGUUGUUUAAUAAUCGUAAAAAGGUAAAGACAACGCAUUACGUUCGAAGCACCACUUCGCCAUGCUGGGAAUCGAGAACUCAAUUUCUUGUUCAGGAUUACACUCAAGUGUCUUUAAGUUUCGUUGUGUAUUCCUGGAAUAUAUCGAAAUCGUCUGACAGCGAUAUGCUUGGUCUCGCUAUAUUGUCCUUGUCUCAAGACAGUACAUGGAUAGUCAGAAAAGAAUUGACGCUCAGUGGCUCGAAUAAUAUGUCGACGAUGACAGUUUCCGUAAUGUUCCAUCCCAUUAAAAGUGUACAGCAAGUAAUCACCAGUCGAAGAAGUAGCUUGGCUCUUCCUGUUUCGGAUGAUGAACCAAAAUCUAAAAGGAACAGCAUACCAUGGAUGCAACAAGCAAAGCUACUAUUGACUCACAAGGACAUAGAUCCUGCUUCGUCGGACGUAUCGAGUCUACUUUCCACCGGAAGUGGAUUAAUGGAAGUAACUUUGAUGCGUGCCAAAGAUCUCGUAGCAAAAGAUCUGAAUGGGUUCAGCGAUCCUUUUUGCGAAUUGAAGCUCAAUAAUGAAACAAAAUACAAGAGCAGCGUAAAGAAGAAGACGUUGAAUCCCUGCUGGGAUGAAAGUUCCAUUAUGGGUUUACCUAGAAACGGCGAGACCUUGGAUGUCGUUUUAUGGGAUCAUGAUACUUUCGGUAUGAAAGACUAUCUUGGAAAAGUAUCAUUGACUCUCGAUGACGUCAGAAAAUUAUCUAACAGCGAUCAGUCCAAUUGGUUCACAUUAAGAGGAACCAAAACUGGAUCUGUAGAGUUGAAGAUUAAGGUCUUGUCCGAAGAGUGCGAGAUUCAAAGUACGUACGCAGCCAGCAAUAUGAGCGAAAGCUCGAUGCAAUUGAACAUUGAAACCUCCGAGACAGUGUCGAACAUUAUUAGAAGACCUUCGAUGGAAAAAUCAAAGAUGAGAUUGCAUUUGGAUGUCGUACCGCCUCCACCGCCACCGCGUACAGUCACUUUGUUGAAACCUACUAUUUCUAGUCAAUUUGACAAAGCUAGCAUUGAAAGUAAAGAUUCGAACGAGAUGAAUGGAAAUCAAAAUUCAUGGACGCCUAGAAUUAUUAGCGAAGCCGGAACGGAUGUGAUCGAUAACACCGAAACGACAAAGUUAAGAGAUCGACGAUCUUCUCAUAAUAGUUUGACUCCGAGUCCUGAACAAAGCUUCGGCAAAAAGUUACCGCAAUAUAAUAGCUUCCGCGUUAUGAAGCAAAAGGUAAAGAGGGGACUGAAACUUCGUAGAUUUCGUUCAGAAGUCAAUAUUGAAGAGAAGAACGAAGGGAAAGGUAUAACAUUAAGUUUAGAACCUAGAGGUGGUGGGGAAGCUGACGCUACAGAGCUUCUACAAGAAUCUGGUUUAGCUCAUGCUGUAUCACAACCUGAUAUGCUUGGCAGAAUAAGACAGCCCAGUCCGCGUUUAAGACUGAGACCAAAUGAGAUAAAAAAAGUGGUCAAUGGUACCAGAGAAAAGUAUUCUGGCAUUGAAGGCAAAGUUCUUCAGGCUCAAGGUCUCCAUGUUGCACAUAUCGCUCAAUUAUAUUGCAGAAUUAAACUUCAAACAUGUACCAGUCCCGAUAAAAUCGCAUCUUCGGUAAAUAGUGGUAAAACAUUAGCGAAAUCUCGACUUCUACCCGCGAUGCCUAACCCUCAAUUCAGCAUAGACUUUCAUAUAGAGGGUGAGAAUGUUCCAAGACAAUCUUUAUUAAUAUUCGAAAUCAGAAGUGCUAGUAAAGAAUUAUUAGCUAGUCGGCGCAUCACUCUUCACGAAUUACUAGGUGUUUCUGCGGCAACCGAUGAAAUUCGUACAUGGUUAGCAUUGAAUAAUGGAGCAUCAUUGGAAGUAGAAAUUGCUCAUGGAAGAGAGCUUAAAACUAAAUCCACAAAAAAACUAUUCCGGUCUUGGUCUGUACACAGGAUAGGAAAAAUAUAAAACAGUUUAAAAUUGUAUAUUUUUAAUUAAACUAUCAUAUACUUAUUAAACAUCAUAAUUUGCUAAAUACAGUCUUGUACAAAUUGAAAAUUUCUUCUUAAAAAUGUAAUGUAGGAGGUCGAAAUUUUACUCAUUUUCAAACAUCAAAUGUUUUAUUCGUGUAAAUAUAUACAUAUAUAUUUAUAUAUAUAUAUAUACAUAAGCUUUCUAAUGUAAUUUCACAAUGAAAAAUUGUAAUACUCAUAUUUUGUACUAUAAAAUGUGUAUAAGAAAAUAUAUUACUUUUCAUCAUAAAACAAUUUAAAUCGUAAUGACAAAUACUAUUUUUCUGUCAUCAUUUAAAGUAUAAAUUAAAUAGUACGCAUAACAAAAGUAAUUUAUCAACAUUUGUAACAAUAUAUCAACUAUUUAUUGCUAAUAACGUAUAAAAUGUACUCCAAA